AGACCUGGAACCCGAACGAUUGUGUUAUUUAGCAAGUGCGUUGAGCAGUGUUGUUUUUUGAUGCUGUGGAGUGUGAGCUGGUUUUGAGGUGGACCCACAGUGAUUAUCACACAGGUUUGUGAGCACAACGAGGAAGUUCAAAACUCACUCAGAUAGUUGAGUGAUUGUCACAAGAUGGCUCUGCUGCUGUUCAUCCUCUUUCUCGUGUCUCAUCUUGAAGCAGGAGCGGCACGACUCAGAACCACCAGCUGUCUCUACCGCAGACCUGGAGAUGACGUCGUUCUGUCGCUGCGUGGUUUUGAAACGUGCGAUGCGUCAGCUUGGACCCGUGAUGGAUCGGUGCCUCGCGGGAGGCCGCUGCGCCAGGGCGCCAACUGCUUUCUGCACAUCGACAACGUCACGGCCGAGGACGCCGGCUGCUACAGCUCACUGGAGGACACACUGUGUCUGUACAUCGUGAGCGUUUCAGACGCUGGACCACAGCGAGGCAGUCAUGUGACGCUGCAGUGCUCUCUGUUCAGAACCGUGUAUGACAGACCCUGUGGACAGAGUAACAUCCUCUGGUUGGACGAGGCGGGGUACGAGCUGCUCCACGACGACGACGUGUGCGAGGUCGCAGAGGGCACGUGUGUCUCCAACCUGACUGUGGACGCCGACCCCGGCAGGACGUACACCUGCCAGGUGAUGGAUGACACGUACGACGUCAUGAUCAAGGCCAACCACACGCUGGUCUUCAGAGAUGCUGCCACAGAUGCUGCCACAGAUGCUGCUGAGUGGUCUCCUCUGAGCUUCGUCAUGUUGACUCUGUGUGUGUCAGUCCUGAUCCUGAUGAUUGUGAUCACGGUUCUCAUCGUCAUCAAAACACGAAAAGAAAAACAGGAUCCAAAAAGCCAAAGAGUGAUGGAAGUGAGCGUGUGAGUGAAACCACAAGUGAAAGCCUCCUCGUUGUUGAACCAUCUUUGAAUCUUUUUUUUUUUCUCUAAACCAAGAAAAUAAAAUGUGUCUUAAAUGGUAAAGUGCUGUCCGUCACUGUUAAAUGUAAAAAAAAAAGUUUACCUAAACCAGUUAUGCAUCAAAAUUAAUGAUUGGAAGUAACUUUAUACACUUAAUUUGUCCUUUAAUUAAUAAUGUGUCCCCUCACUGUCCUUCUUUUCUGCCACUAUUCAGAUCAACAAAUGAGUAAAAUGCGUUAUUGCAGAUUAAGAUUAAGAUUAAACAGAGACUUCACUACAGUAGUCCCAAUUUUGCCUGUUAAAACAUUUAAGAACUUAAACCCAUGAAAAAAGAUUUUCACCCUUUUUUUCUUCAUAAUAAGUACUUAUAAAAAUUCAGAAUCCCCUUUAAAAUCUGACACUUUGGCGUCAUUGUGACACUGUAUGCAGAUGAUGUGACGUUCUGUCUGUGAAACACUGGACAAUAAAAGUGUUUUACUGCAA